AUGAUUAACUCCCAUAUGUUCUUAGACAUGGACAUGUAAGGCAAGCCUUUGUGCAUCUCCUUCCUGCUAUUUGCAAACAAAGUUCAAAACUUUCAUGCUCUGAGCAGUGGGGAGAAAGGAUUUGGUUCUAAAGGUUCCUGCUUUCACAGGAUUAUUCUGGGAUUUCUGUGCCAGGAUGGUGACUUCACACGCCAUACUGGCACUGGUAGCAAGUCCAUCUAUGGGGGGAAAUUUAAUGCUGAGAAUUUCAUCCUGAAGCAUAUGGGUCCUUCCAUCUUGUCCAUGGCAAAUGCUGGACCCAACACCAAUGGUUGCCAGUUUUUCAUCUGCACUGCCAAGACUGAGUGCUUGGAUGGCAAGCCUGGGCUUUGUCAUGAUUUAAAAAAAAAAAAAAAAGGCAUGAAUAUUGUGGAAGCCCCGGAGCACUUUGGAUUAAGGAACAUCAAGACCAGCAAGAUGGUCACCAUUGCUGACCAUGAACAAUCUAAUAAAUCUGAUUUGUGUUUUAACCAUCAGACCAUUCCUCCUGUAGCUUAG